AUGGCGGAAGAGAAGCCGCGAAGCUCCGCUAAAAGCCGACAUCACCGCAGACGCUCAGGAAAUAAACAAACCAGUACUUCGAAGAAUGAAGAUGCUGCACAAAGGAGAGCAGCACUUGAGGCUGCUAUUCGAAAGAAGAUUGAAUAUGAGCGAAAAGCCUUGUGUAUUGUUCAACGUCUGUUGGAAGAUGAUAUUACUGAAGAGUUCCUUGUGAAUUGUGGGAAAUAUAUAACACCUUCUCACUAUAAGGACGUUGUGGAAGAACGAUUUAUCAUCAAGUUAUGCGGCUACCCUAUAUGUCGAAAGAAGCUAGAAAAUGUGCCAAAGCAAAAGUACAGAAUUUCAACAAAAACCAACAAAGUUUAUGAUAUCAGUGAACGAAAGUGUUUUUGCAGCAACUUUUGUUACAGGGCAUCCAAAUAUUUUGAAGGUCAAAUUUCCAAAAGCCCUUUGUGGCUACAAGAAGAAGAAAGGCCCCCUGACAUUAAGUUGUUAAAGGAAGGAGAAAGUGGCCACUCGGGAAAAGAAGUAAAAUUCUUCACUGAAGCAAUUAGAACUUCUGACAUUGAAGCUACUAGCCCAUCACCAAUCCAAGGAGACUUGGACACAGAGACUGAGAGCAGCAGCGAUGCUGAGCAAGAAUUUGUUUCUUUUGUUCUAGCAGACAGUUUAUCCGGUGCAAAGAAGCUAGAGCAUCAGCUGCCCAGAAGGAGCACGCUCAAAAAGAAGCAUGUUGGGAGAGUGGGGCUGGAGUCUAGCAAUACAAGGGAUGCAGCUAAUCAUGCUGCAGAGGAAUUAAGUAAAUGCGAGUUAGAUGCCCCAGAAGAGAAACAUGCUGUUCCAGGUAACUCACAAGGGAAAAUAAGUGACGUGUCCCCUGAAACCAGGAAAAACCCAGAAGGCUGGGAAGAUAACUCUAGUGGUUCAUCUGUGGUUUUCCUGGGUGUGAGCAAAAAUGGGGCAGAAAAAUUUAAAAGGUUGCUUGCCAAAUCAAAACAGCCCGUUCCGCGUAGACCGAAAGGCCCAGCUGACUCUCUUGCCACUAAAAGCAGCCUGCUGGGAGGGCUCCAGCAAACAUUUACCGAAUGGAGGACUGAGGAGACCCUGAAGCUUCUCCAUGGCAGCAGCUCUGUGGCCACACAGGAACCUGCAGUCAGCGGCAAGGAAGAACUUGAUGAGGAUGAUUUUGAUAGCACUUAUGAUCAUAAUGAUGCCACUUCUGAAAGAGGCUUGGAACCCUGUUUGGACCUGUCUUUGCCUAUCAGGGAACCCAGGAUAGCAGCAGCUAAACCUUUGCCAAGUUAUGAAAAACUAAGGGAAGACACAGCCCUGUUGGAGUUGAGGGUAAAAGAAUUUUAUGAAGGAAAGGUAACUUUGGCAGAAGAAGGUUUGAUGAUGCAACCCGGAGGGGACCAGCACCACAGCAAUGAUAAGGAUUUUCAGCAGUGGACCGCUGCCUUUCCUCUUGUAGAUUCUAAUGCUCAACAGCAGAUUCGAAGGAGGAUUGUUCUCGAAAAGCUGCAGAAAGUAUUGCCCAGUGUUUUGGGACCUCUCCAUAUUCCUCUUGGUGAUGUUGACAGUGAACUUAAAAAUCUUGUUAAAACCUUUGCGUUAACAAAUAAAAAUAUUAUUCACAAAACUCCAGAAUGGACCCUUAUUGCCCUUGUGCUAUUGUCUGUAUUGUCACAGUCUCUUCCUGCCUUUGUGCGUUCACAGCAGAGCCCAGUAUAUACACAGUUCAUUACUACUUUGUUUGAAGCGUUACAUUUCACACAUGAAGACUUUGAAAGUUUAACAAGAUUAUUUGGAAGUGACUGCUUCCUUCACUGAGUAUGGUGAUUAUCCAGAACUGUUUUCCUUUUCUAGAAGCCGCCUAUGGGGUCAGUAGACAACAUGAUUUCCAGGACACAAGGUGGGAGAAAAAAUAAAAAUUAUUAGUACACCAUCACUGAAUGUUAUCAGUCAAGGCAAAAUGAAGAUUUUAUUAUGAACAUUUGACUUUGCCUAAAAGCACAGGGAAAACACCAAGAAAAUCUACCAAGCUCUUUUUGCUGUCUUCAUCAAA